AUGGCGCUCACGCUGCGACGCACGCUUGCGGCUGCCUCGGCUGCCGCCGUCGCCCUGCUGGCGGCCGCUGUCUUCAGCCUCGCGCGCGAGACGGCCGGCGCUGGCUGCGCGGAGCAGGCGGCGCUGCCGCCGAGCUUCGUCUCGCGCAACAUCUCGGACAUCUUCGACGCCCCGGCCGCACCGACGUUCCAGCUGCAGCACACGAGCGGCAAGGCUCUUUUGGGCGGCGCACCGAAAUCGCUGCUGCUCAUCGAGAAGAGCGGCUAUGCCUUUGCGCACGAAGCGCCCGUGUGGUGUGCAGACUCCGACGACGUGUACUUUGCGUCCAACGCCGGCGCUCCAUUGGGCAGGAGCAAUCUCACAACGAACAACGUCGUCUUCAAGGUCAACCUCCGCAACCUGACGGAGCGCGCGGCAGCGGGCAUUGCCAGCUUUGCAAGCGAUGUGCACGCUGUGCCCAUCGACUCGGACUCUGUGCAGAUGACCAACGGCGGCACCUCGUAUGCCGGGGAGCUCCUCCUCAUCAACACGGGCAGAGGCUCUCUGCCAGGCUCGAUUGCACUUGUGCCUCGCGCGACGCCGCAGCAGCCGCAGGUGCUGCUGAACAACUUCCGCGGCCGAGGCUUCAAGAGCCUCAAUGACGUCGUCGUCCAUCCUGAUGGGCGCAUUCUCUUCACCGACGCCGACUACGGCGUGCUGCAGGACUUCAAGGACGAGACGGGCAUGUGGAAGGCAGUGUGGAGCUUUGACCCGCUCAGCGGCGAUCUCGCUGUCCUUGACGCCUCGCUUACCACGCCGAACGGCCUGACGCUCUCGCCGGACGCCAAGACGCUAUAUGUCACAGAGACUGGCUUUGCACGCGGCUUCUACCCAAGUGACCCCUCCGUCGCGCCGUUGAUCUACGCUUUCGAUCUGGCCGCCUCCGCACGCCACGCCACAAAUCGCCGGGUCUUUGCCGUGGCAGAGAGCGGCAUCUCGGACGGGCUCAAGGUCGACACGGAGGGCAACGUGUACUCGUGCGACGGCGCGGGCCUCCAAGUGUACUCGCCGUCGGGCACGCAGCUGUGGCGCUUUGUGCUGCCGCCGAUCGGCUGCACGCAGGUCGUGCUGGCCAGCGGCGGGCGCAUUGUCCUGCUGGCCGAGGAGCGCCUGUAUCUGCUGCAGGUGGCCGCAGCCGAGCCUGUGCCUCUGGCCGAGCUGCCCCGCCACAACAGGAUCGCCCGCAGCUGAACGCUGCUGCCUUCGACUAGACACACCUCUAGAAGCAUCCGCCCCUUCUGCUCUCUCUGCUCCCUCCCUAAAUAUCGUGCCUCGACCUUAUCCUAGACGCUCCGCUAGACCUUAGCCUAGACACGCUCCGCUAGAGACGUCCCACCACAUCUAUGCUGCCGCAAAGCCGGCAAU